UUACAUCUACAAUAGAAGCACCAUGGGCCCCAUAUAGCCCAUAUUAAGAUACCCCACAUUUCUUGUGCUGAUGAUGUUCUCCUCCUUAGUACAAAUGAACAUGAGAUGCAAACCAUGCCACAUGAUGCAUUCUAUUUCUCGAGCAAAGAACGUUACCAUCUUAACUCCUCUAAAACCAACUUUUUAACAAUCAACAAGCCCAAACCCGAUUUCAACUUCAAACUCGGGAUGUCUGACAUUACCGAAACUCCAACUGUUGAACAUCUUGGGAUGACAAGAGACAACAAAGGCAGAAGCAUUGAUGUUGACCUGAGAAUAAGCACUGCAAGGAAUACCAUGUAUGCACUCAUGGGAGCCAGCCUCCACGGCCACAAUGGUCUCUCCAUUCAGGCCUCCAUAAAACUCUGGUCCAUUUAUGUCCUACCUAGACUCACCUAUGGUCUGGAAACACUGAUCCUUCACAAGACAGACAUGGAAAAACUGAACUGUUUCCAAAGGAAGACCCUCCGACAACUACAGGGUAUUCCCGAAAGAACUCCAAACGCAGCCACCCUACUCCUCACUGGUCAAAUUCCCAUUGCUGCUACCAUUGACAAACUAGCCCUUAAGCUUGCAUGUAGCAUCUUUAGAUUAGACAAUAGUACCCCACUAAAGCAAAUUGCAAUCCAUCAAACACUCCAACUAGAAACCAAUACUCCAUCAUGGUUCAAUGCCAUACGCAAAACCCUCUGGAAAUAUGAUCUACCGUCAAUUUUUACCCUGUUAGAAAAUCCACCCCCGAAAGAUGAAUGGAGCAAAUCUGUCAACAAGGCUGUGAACAUCAGAUGUAUGCAAGACCUCAUAACCGAAGCUAAAACAAAGCCCACUCUCAAAUACCUAUGUAC